AUUUCCUGUGAUACACAGUAUGUCAUAAUGAAGUUCAUUCAGGUUUAUUUGGAUAAAACUAUCAGGAAUCUGCCACUAGAUGUCACUGUAGGUCUAAAAUUAUAUCAACUCUGAAUGUGAGUGGAAAGUUCAGUAGAUUCUUACUUAUAGUAUCUGAGUGAAAUCAUUAAGUCAUUUGGACUAUAAAGGAAACUCAAAAACCUGAACUGACUGAAUUAGCAUGAUAUUUUUAAUCUGAAUCACUUCUCGUAAGUAAUUUCUGUGAGCUGGGUGGACAGAGUCCGACACUCAAGCCUCAGCCUCCUGGUGUGAGCUUGUUUCAUCAACAAUACACUGCGGUGCAGAACAGUGUGUGCUUGUGAAAGGUUAUGAGUUGUGGCUAUAUGACACUAAUGUUUACAAAACACACUGUGAUUCAAGGCAGACACUUUUCAGGCUGAUUUACAUAUUUUUUAUAUUUUGUUUUUCUUUUCUACAACAGCAAUCGUAAAUGACUAAAAUGUAUCGUAAGUGAGUCUUUAAAUUACAGCCUGCAAAUUACUGGGUGAUUAUUUAAUUGCAGGUAUCAAUAACAUACAGUCAAGCAUUACUGAAUUUUAUAAUAUCCAUAUACCACUUCAGUCUUGUAUCAUGUUUACCAUGAGGCCUGUGCACAGUUUCUAAGAAUUGAAGUGCGUCACAGACCUGUUUGUAUUGGAGGGAGGUGUUGUCUGUGUGUGGGAAUGUGAUUUGCUGUCAUGUAAGAAGCAGCUAACAUCGCCUUACUGAGACCCUUAAGUUAUCUCUCCCUCCCUAAUUUUAGACCUGUGCUUGGCAGUCAGCAGUGACAACACAUGACCCCUAAGCUUGUGUGGUUUUCCUGAACAUUGGUCGAGCUGGCCCACCCCUCUAGCUCAGCUCAACCAAUAAGAUUAGAGCUCUGCACGACAGAAGGAUUGAAUUAGGUGUCAAAACAUAGUAGAAAUAGUGUUUUUGACUGUCCGUCAGAAGUGAUGUACUACCUUUAUUACAAAGGACAGAAAAUUGGUUGAAGAGGAAGUGUAAAGAAAGAAGAACCAGGUGCUGUUUCGGAUUCUCGUUGAAUAUGCUCCUGUGGCAUAAAUCAAUGCAGGCUCAAGAGUGAUAUUUGGACUUUGAUUGAUUGCUGCUCACCACAUCAGGUCUAACAUGGGUCGCUACCUCAGCACCAACAUGUGUUCUGUGAACAGGACUUUGAGAUCAUACUGCAAAAUUAGGUACCUUAUGAGCCUUAUCAGAAGGCAUCCACAUCUAGCCAAAGCGCCGCUCUGCUCGGAUGUCCCCAGAUAUUCAGUGCUGUCACCUCCUCAGCUUUCCAGAUUUACAAGAAAAGACAAUUUUAAAAGUUCAAAACACAGUGAUACAGGCUCUACCUCUUACCACGUCCUCAGAAAUUUAAGCCAAGAGGUGAAUCAUCUUCAGAUUGUGCGUUUUUACUCAUCCUCUAAUAGGGAUGUAUUCAAAGCCAUUGGGGUCAUUGAGGAGGCUCAGAACAGUUUUCAUUCGAAUUCACUGCGUGAAUGUCUUGGUCAGCCAUUUAAUAGACUGUCCAGACACAUAAACAUUUAUUUCAAGAGGAAGGAUGUUGUACCUCUAACUGAAAAUGCCAGUUUCAUUGUCGCAACUCCAGAAUAUCUCGGCAGGUCACAGAGACGUAGUCAAAGUCAACGAGCAACCAGAGAACGAAAUGUAUCUGAGGGCAAAGACACAAUGCAGGUCUAUAAGUCCAAAGACAAACAGCAGGGCUCAGGAACAAGUCCGUCAACCCAGGAAAUGUCUGGACUGCAAUUAUUUCACAUCAGCUCUUUGGCAACAAGAUUUGGUGAGAGCUACAGUUACGUUGCUAAUCACAUUAACUCAGUCUUUUCCCGAGGUUUUGCAAAAGUUGAAUUGCAGGAGAAUGUGGAAACCAUGUCUUCCACCAGAGGGACACACAGGAGACAGCAAAGGAGAAAAAUGCAAAACACUUGUAUUCUGACCUCUAAAGAAGCUGAAAUGCCCUUAAUAAAACCCAGUGCUGAACAGGCAACAGUGGAAUCUAACAAUCUCUACCUUCACUUUGCAAGACACAUCAAUAAAUACUUUGGUGCCAAGGUUACUGAUGAAGUUCAGAACAGGAGAGAGCACCUUCUUGUGGAAAAAAAUAGCACUUGCAAAAACUGCUCAACAAAAUCUGCCUCACAAACUCAAGGUGCUACUUCACAGCUGAAGCAAGAGGCACCUAUCGUUCCUGAAAGUGAAGGCCUUUUCCACAGCAGCCAUAUUACAACUAGCUUUGGGGAGAGCCAUUUCCAAAUGGCAAGUCACAUUAAUCAGUAUUUCAAGGGUCAAAGGGGACAGGAUGAGGAUACUGAAAACCUUCUAAUAAAGAUGGACCUUGGAUCCGCUACCUCUGAGAGACUUAAGACCGUCACCUUUAUGGACUGCCUUCGCCAUCCCACGAGUGCCAUCCCUGACUUGCUGGGUGCUUAUCUAAAGCUGAGACCGUUGACCCAGGCUAGUAAGCCCAAACUUGCCAUGACUUCACCAGCAGCAAUAUUAAGUAAAAAGCUUGUCUUGAGUCGGAGACAGGCAGAGGAAAUCACACGUGGAUUGAUUGGCAGUCUGGGACUUGCUUCAUCUCCAGGAGCUCUGAUUGCUUGUGUGGAGGCACUCAAUGAACACCUUAUCCGUUACCCCUCCUGCAAAGCUGUAAUGUGGCAGGAGAAAAUUGCUGUCACAUUGUUGAGAAAGCGACGAAACUACAGAGACGACCAGGUGCUUCAGAGUGCCGUUAGAGAAACCUUGGCUCUAAUUGGCUACGUGGAUCCAGUCAAAGGUUGUGGCAUUAGAGUGCUUUCAAUUGAUGGUGGUGGCACAAGAGGUGUGGUGCCUCUGCAGGUGUUAAAGCUACUGGAAGAUGAGACAGGGAGAAAGAUCCACCAGCUGUUUGACUACAUCUGUGGAGUGAGCACAGGCGCCGUUCUAGCCUUCAUGCUGGGUCUGGCCCAUUUUUCUCUAGAGGAGUGUGCUGACAUGUAUCGUCGAUUUGGCUCUGAAGUGUUUCGGCAGAACCCGCUGGUUGGCACCAUGAAGAUGGGCUGGAGUCACUCCUACUAUAACACUGAGACAUGGGAGACAAUAUUACGAGAAAAGCUGGGAAAUAGAGUGCUUAUUAAAACAGCCAGAGAGGAGUCAAGUCCCAAGGUUUCAGCAGUAAGUGCUGUGGUAAAUUGGGGUACCAGUCCUAAGGCCUUUGUCUUUCGCAACUACAACCACAAACCAGGCUCUCUCAGCCGCUACGCAGGAGGCUCAGCCUACCAGAUGUGGCAGGCAGUGAGAGCAUCGUCAGCUGCUCCAGGAUACUUCCAAGAGUUCCCUUUAAAAAGUGAUAUUCACCAGGACGGAGGAAUUCUCCUCAACAACCCCUGUGCCUUGGCCGUCCACGAAAGCCGUCUGUUGUGGCCCAAUCAGCCCUUCCAGUGUGUGUUGUCCCUUGGCACAGGUCGCUAUGACAAUGCUAAGAGGGGUCCUGCCACCUCCACUAGCCUGAGGGCGAAAAUCAGCAAUCUGAUCUGCAGUGCCACUGACACUGAAGGGGUUCACACCCUUUUAGAUGACCUGCUUGCUCCAGACGUCUACUUCCGCUUCAACCCCAUGCUGAGUGGUGAAGUGUCCCUGGAUGAGAGCCGACCGGGGCCCCUGGACCAGUUGCAGAGAGACACCCAGACCUACCUGGAGAGAAACCGGCCCAAGCUGGCCAGGCUGUGUUUGGUGCUCGGGGCAGAGCGCUCAGCUGCAUGCAGAACUAAAGACUGGAUGAGUGAGAGAGCCUGGGAGAUGAAGCAGAGAUGGGUAUGAGUGGGUAUAAGCAUAUUCAAUGCACAGAUGCACACAUACACAGGCUGUGUACAAAACAACAGAAACAACUUGGCUGUUGUACGCCUGUAUGUAAAUACAAAUUUGGUGAAAUGCACAAUAUGUUUGCUGUUGAGACCUCGACUCAGAAAUCAUUUUUAGCCAUGCUAGCAGUGUUGCUCUAUGGAUGACGAUGUCAGUGUGUUGGUUAGUCCACCACUUUGUUUCAAAGGAUUAUCAAUCUUGAAUAACAACAAAUGGACCACUGUUAUUUAGAUAAUCAUGUUCCCCAGAUGAUAAUUCCUAAAGGCUCUUGUGAUCCCCAGAUUUUUCCUUUUAGCACCACAAUGAAAGUGAAUUUUGCAGUCUGAUGUGAAAUGUCUCAACAGCUGAUGGUUGGAUUGCCAUGCACCUUGUUUCCACUUUAGAGGAGGUGGAACAAUCAUCAUCAUUUAUAAGUGAUUUUUGAAUUGAAUACAGUACAAAGAAGCCAGACGGUUGCUGAAUCUUCUGAGCUUCAUCAAAUUAGUCAAGAUCAUUAUAAGAUUGUAUUGUAAGAAGUUUCUGUUUUUUUCCGCUCCCUGGUGUCUCUGUACCAGAUCAAUACAAUGUUGGCAACAGGUCUCACAUACCAUUCAAGUGAAUGGGAAAGUCUGUCCAAACUUUUGACUGAUACUGUACAUAUAACAUAUUGUUUUACUUCUAUACAUAGAUGCACAGAACAAACAUGCACUCGAAAUAAGCACUCUCAUGCACUUUGUUUAAAACACUUUUCAGUGUUGUUGACAGCAAUAUAAGUUAUAUAUAAUGCCACAUUAUGUUUUUGUAUGAUGUUGUAUGAUUUUGGCAUUAAAUUAGUAUAUGUCUAAAAUAAAUUUAUAUUUAUGAA